AUUGAACUAUGGGUAGGAUAGGCGCGAACGACAAGCCACCGCCAGAGACAUUUUUACAGGUUAAACGGGUGCUGCCAUUAUUCUGUGCGCCUCAGCGCUGAGGGGAGAAAAUAAUAAAAAUGAAGUUUGCACUAGUGAGCUGGUCGAAGGGAAAGGAUAAAGAUGCUCUCAGUAUUAUCCCCGUAAAUUGGAUUGUAGACUUUGAUCUUGAAAACUCUAAAAAGGAGUAUCUUAUUGAGUGCCGCAGCAUUGGUGGCAGGAGGCCUACGAAUGGGUGGCUGGUUGAACCUGCACACAUACUGCAGUUGGCAGAAAAGGAGUCUACACUUAAGAUUGCUGAGCAGAAACUCCUGCAAGAGGACCUACCAAUGAGCAAGAAGAGAAAGAGGGUACUCAACAAACUCUUCCUUGACACACCUAAGGAAACUGUUGAACAAGUUGCAAAAAAGAAAAACUACAAAUUCAUUGCUGCAAGACAGUCGGAAUUUGAGAUUCUUUCCCAAGAAGAACAUAAAGUCACCCUAGUGGAGACUGGUUCAGAGGCACUUGAGGAUGAGAUCCGGGCCCUCAGGGAAGAGAAUAAAAGACUGCGGGACCAGCAGAGUGUAGGAUCUUCCGCAGCCAUUAAAAAUCUUGAGAUUCAAGUCAAGGCCUUGAACAAGGAGAACACCAGACUGCGCCAAAUGGCACUUAAAGACAUUCCAUCACUAUUAGUGGCUGUGAAGACCCUCGUUUCGGAUAAGAUCACAGAGAGCUCAAGCGAUGAAGGUGAAAGUAAAUAUGAGACCAGUGUUGCUCAACCAUCAUCUGCUCAACUCGCAUCUCCCAAACCAGCAUCAGUGCAACUAGGGAAUGAUGACUCCACCAGAGUGUCUGCCCAUUGUUGGGAGACUGCAAAAGCACAACCCACAGUGAAAGGAAUGGCCCGCACCCUUUUGCUGGGCCUGUUCAGCGUUGAUGUCCUGCAGAAGUCCAACCUGACGGGAGGGGUCAACAAGGUCAAUCCAUCUGCAGAGCGACGUCAGCCUCCGGACCCCAAAAAGCUUAAAGCUUUACUCGAGGCAGUUGUUCAGCAACACCCAGGGGCGAAGAUUCCGGAUAUACGAACGGCCAUAAACAAAAGGAUCUGUGAGUUAAGACACCAGGAGAAGAAAAAGACCAUGGACAGCUGAAGGACUGGCCAAGGCUGCACAGCGAGCCUUGAUAACUUAACAUGUUAGAACCAAAACAGCGUGCAUUUUUGUUCUGUUCUUUCCAGUGAGUGAUUGCUCUGUUUUCUGUUGCACUAAAGACAUUUUUUUUAUUACAAUGACAGUUGUCCUAUUGGAAAUGUUUUGUUUUUUUGAAAGUAUUUUUGUUCAUUUAGUUGUUUUUUCCACGUAUUGAAUCACAUAAAAUAUAACAUCUGUAAAAGAAAAUAUGUUUUAGCUUGGAACUGCUGAUGUUGACAUGGUACAUCCCUACCUGCAAACAGUUUGCCAUCUGCUAAGCACAUUAUGCACAACCAUGGAGACAUGCCUU